GUAGAGCGGGAGGGACUGAGUGCGCAAGCGAGAGAGAAAGAGAGCGAGACGCCGGAGCGAGUCGCGGGCGAGGGACUCGAGCUUAAGCGAAGCUCGCUCUCCCCAACGCGAGGGGACUCUCGCGGUGGUCCCUCUCGUGCUCGUUGUGUAUGUGUGUGUUUUUGUGAUAUUUUUGAAACACGGCAAAAACACAUUAAUUAAUCGGAAGAAAUUCCACCGAAAAGGGGGAGCAGAUAAGAUAUCAGAGACACUAUCCCGGAAAUCAUAUCUACCCGCGAGUGGUCACGUACAGUAUCUCUGCCUGCUACAGGGGCCUCUAGACUCUCACCUGGGCGAUAAGAGAGGCGGAGGGAGGCUGCAUGUGAACCAUCCCGGAGAGGUUACUUUUAAUAUGAAACUUUCUGCCACUGCAGUGCCUCUUUCUGCUUGUCUGGCUGCCAGCUGUGCUGCACUCUCCCUUUUCCAAGGAGGAUCCUGCAGAAAAUGGGGAGAGGUGUGCUACACGCGUAUUUAGGACUUGACGAGAUGAAAUGGAGAGCUUGGGACGCUCUGACCUUUUGAACGAAAGCUCUUUGUCAGAAGUCGGUAGCCCCUCACCCAAGCAGGACAAGAUAGGACACAGGGACUCGGUCCGGGAAGCUGAACCGAAGCUGAAGGAGGUCAUGGGUCUAAACGGUUACGUGGGCUCCGGUACGAAGGCGGAGCUGUUGGCAGAUCUGGCCUCGAGAUCGGUCUCGCCAGGCGUGGCGGUUUCAAAGAAACAGGCGAAGAGUGGCCUUCCGGCAUACAUUGAUGGAGAGGUGCCCCCUACAGCGAGCAGCGGUGGCGAUGCUUUGGCCCAGGUUCCCAAUGGCCACCCGGAGAAGGGGGAGGCUGCGGAAGGAACCAACUGUGUGAAGCUGGUUGAGAACGGGGAUGACAAAGCAGCACACCUCAAAGGACCAAACGGUGACUCGCCAUCCCCCCCUCACCGGCGGAUCCGCGACCCCAUGGUAGGAGGAGCCAGUUCGGGAACAGCCAAGGCUGGGGUUGAGCAGUCACCUGCGGAGCGCAAAAGGAGGCGGGUCGAAACUGACGAAAGUGAAUCGGAAACGGAGUUGCCCGUCACGGACAAGCAUCCCCACGGUGCAGGUCACAGGGAUCACCCCGUAGGCUGCAGAGCUGAUGAGGCUUUGGCCACAGCUAACCCAGACCCGGGUGCGAGACCACAUGCCACGCCAGCACAGGGCACAUCCCCGCUGUCUGCGGUGGCGGGCUGGUCGCCGGAGCGCAUAGCACAGCAGUACAUCGUGCCCUGCAUGCGUUACUAUGGCAUAUGUGUGAAGGAUGGCUUCCUCGGGCCGCCGCUGAGUGACCGCGUCCUAGAGGAGGUAGAGGUGCUACAGCAGAGUGGCAAGUUCCGAGGUGGCCAGCUCGUGAGCCAGAGGGCCAUCCCGUCACGUGACAUCCGGGGCGACCAGAUCACGUGGGUGGAGGGUCGUGAGCCGGGUUGUGAGAGCAUCGGGACCCUCAUGGCUCACAUCGACGAGGCUGUUAUGUACAGUGCCAUGAACGGACAGUUGGGAAACUGUGUCAUCAAUGGUCGCACCAAGGCAAUGGUGGCCUGUUACCCCGGCAAUGGUACCGGAUACGUGCGUCAUGUGGACAACCCGAAUGGAGACGGGCGCUGUAUUACCUGCAUCUACUAUCUCAACAAGGACUGGGACAUUAAGGUUCACGGGGGCCUCCUGCAGAUCUACCCAGAAGGACGCAGCAUGGUGGCCAACAUCGAGCCAAUCUUCGACCGCCUGCUCAUCUUCUGGUCCGACCGGAGGAACCCACAUGAAGUCAGGCCUGCCUAUGCCAUGCGCUAUGCCAUCACAGUCUGGUACUUUGACGCGAAGGAGCGGGCAGAGGCCAAAGAGAAGUACCGAUUGGCAACUGGGCAGAAAGGUGUUCAAGUGCCUGUCACACAAAGCAGCAAGACCUAACCCUGGAACAGCCGGUGCAAGGGAAGGAAAAAAAGCUCAACUGUGCACUUCGGACAAAGGCGCACCUACCUGCCCUGUUAUGGGACUAAUUUGUGGGGGGAGGGGGGAGGGACAGUCAGAACCUACACCCAUGGCCACACACUCAUGGUUUUCAAUGCCUCACCCUUUUCCACUUGCCUUCUCCAGAAGAGAUAUUAUUGGUUGGCCGGCUCAGUGGGCGAUGUCUGCGUGUGUGGUUGGGGGCAGGGGACCGGAGGCAGGACAAUCUGCAGAACUGCUGCAGUGACACAGGCAGAAGACGUCUUCGCUGAGGCCAAAGGAACAUGGCAACAGACCCACGAAAACAGCAGAAAGGACCAAUGUGUUCUGGGUAUAACCCUCUAAGUCUUGCUUUAAAUUGGAGUCAGACUACAAUGCAAUGCCGUUUUCGCUUCUGCACAAGCUGUCCUUCCUCGUCGGCAGCCCUGGUCCCUCGAGGCUGCUGCCUGCCCCAUCAAAGGCGCCUUCGCCUUCUGCCCUGUGGUGCGGUACAGCGCAAACGUAGGCGCAAGAAACCCCCUAACUUGUCCUUCAAGGACAAACGCUAGGAUCUUUGGACCUUUUCACGAUGCUGAAGAAAUUUAUUAUUAUUUUUGUUUUUGCUGACCCUUCCUUUUUUCAGGCAUGCUGUGCAUGGUGCUCGCCACAGCACCCCGAAACCACACGUUGCCCGCUUGUUGCCUGCCGUGGGCGUGGUGGUCUACUGUAGAUCAGUGGUUCCCAUGGAGAAUCCAGUACACGGGGACUCGCUGGGUUCCUGCAUCCUCAUGCUUACCGGAGACACCGACCGGAAUCCCGGCGUUCAUUAGACAGAUCGUAACGUUAACUGAGUUCCCUGUAAACUUAAUUGUUGGUGUGUUUGUACCGAUAAAGGAAGCAAGUUUUAUUCAAGAAUGUUUGGUAAUUUGUUUAUUUGCUUCAAUGACUGCUUAUUUGUGCCCUACAAGUGUUAACCUUUAAUGGUCAGUGAUUUGAGUUAUGAUGAUGCACAAUAUAGUUGGAUUAAUUAAUCAUGCACUUAAUUAAGUUAUCAGGGGGCAGAAAUUAACCAUGCCAGAUUAGACGGUAUGAACCGGGAAAAUGUUUUUUUUUUCCACAAACAAGCACACAAUAGAUGUAAUAUGUGGUGUAUUUCUGUUUUAUGUAUAUAAUACAGAUUUGUGGAAGCACUCACCAGCAGAUCUUUUGGGUCCCCGUGAGCAGGGUUGAGAAUUGCUGAGCUAAAUUAGUUGUUUCUACCCCCUUUCUAGAUGUUUGUCUUUGGAAGGGGUCUGUAGGGCCUUAUUUUGACCUUCAGCAGGACACACUGCUGAGUUACAAGUGUCCUACACAUGAUGCUAUGAGUCGACUUCCUGUCUGAUAUCAGCUCCUCAGGAAGUGACAUCAUUGGGGAGGUUCCUUUGCAGAUUUCAGCCUUCAAAUGGACACGAUGAGACCACUGGUCCCUCUGCUUCACCAUAUCAACUGUAUGGAGCCAAAGCUCCUGAGAGUCAGAUCCAGAAGAACAGUUACCGUUAUUCAAACUCAGGACAGAAUGUCCUACUCUAUUUAACAUAUAUGCUGAUGCCCAGAGACCUAACAGGCAAGCAAGUUUAAAAAAAAAACAAAACUCUGAGAUAGUCUAACAAAUGACCUUUGAUGUAAUGCGGAUUUGGUGACAGACGUAGUUAUUGCAUGGCAGUGUCCGAACUACUUUCAUGAUCCUGCUUUUGAGACAUGGAACUGGAAACAGAUGUGUUUUAUAUUAUAAAACUUUCACACAAAUAUAGUCAAUGAAGCAUUCAUUGGAACAGUCUUAAAACGGCAGAGUUGAGAUGUGGUGUGAUAACCAGUUAUCUUGUGUGUUCUUUACAAAAAGCAGGGCAGAAGCUUCCCUUUACCGCCUGUUCAAACACUAUGUUGCCUUUCUUCCAUUGAAGUUUUGUUUGCAUUUCCUUUCUUGAUAAACAGAUUUUGUUGUGUAGUUUAAAAAUGUUUCAAGGUUUAAGAUGUUUCUAGUUCUUUGUACCUAUAACUGUGGUCUUACAACAAUGCCUCAAACCCUAACUUGAUCUUGUAUCGUUAUCCUGCAGUGAUUUCUGCUGCUGGAAGUCACAGCCAGUUCAGGUAACAGGUGGCAUAAACCAGUUCAGAGUGAAAUUUUCAAUCAGUCUCCUUACUCCCUGAGUACUUGAGCUUACAGGAGGGGUAAAUGGAUUUGUUUGAGGGAUGGGUCACCCAAAGUACUUGAGUAAGUGUGCUUGUCUGUGUCUGUCAAGUACUCUGGAAAUCCCUACGUGAGCAUGCAGGUAUCCAGCAUUCAGUCCAGAGCUGCUGGUGCUGUUCGGCCGAUACACUCAUGCUGAUUUCGCAGCGUUCUGCUGUGUUCCUGCAUGUGCUUUCCUUGAGGCAAGAACAUCAUGCAGAGCUCCAACUUCAGAUCAGAUCUCAUUUUCAUGGCCUUUAAGAUGCAUGACUCUCAUGCUGUUAAAUUUUUUACCCGGUUUGCUUAAAUCCAUCCCACCUUCCCAGACCUGGUAAAGGCCACCCAAUCCAGUCAAACUGACAUUACGCCACGGCAGGCCGGAUCCCCCAAUCUUCCCUCCAUCAGCUCUUGGGAAUUGGACACACGAUGCAGGGGAGGGCAAGAUUGGGCGGGGCUGAGAGGAGCUGCUCUUUCAAGAAGAAACUUAUCUCAAAGUACCAGAGGGCAACGGUUCAAGGGAGGAGCCACUUACGAUGGCUAAGCAGGUUGUCACAGAGAAGGAAAAACGCACUUUAUUGUUGGACACAUAAAUGAGAGAAAUUUAAAAUGUGCUUUAAGUUGUGGACAUUAUUUCGAUAUCAAUAGAAAUUUUAAGUCAUUGAAAAGUUUGCUUAAUUUUUUUCUGAAUUUUGCAGUAUUUAAUUAAACUGUUUUUGUACAAUCUCCCUAGA